AUGGGGAAGACUGCUGACUUGACAGUUGUCCAGAAGACAGUCAUUGACACCCUCCACAAGGAGGCAAACUCGCUUGACCUGAACCCCAUAGAGACUCUAUUGGGUAUUGUCAAGAGGAAGAUGAGAGACACCAGACCCAACAAUGCAGACGAGCUGAAGGCCGCUAUCGAAGCAACCUGGGCUUCCAUAACACCUCAGCAGUGCCACAGGCUGAUCGCCUCCAUGCCACGCCGCAUUGAUGCAGUCUUGUCAACAACAAAUCUUCACCACGACUAUUCUCCCAUUUGGGAGGCAAGUUACCACCACUGUUCCAUCUCCCACAUUGACAAGGAAGGUCUGUUGGGUAUGGUGGCCCACAUGAUGUUCACCACAGCCUUCCAGCUGACUGUUAGUUUGGGCCCAGAGGACUGGAAACCUCAGACAUGGGACUACAGCUGGUCAUACAUUUUGGCGUGGAGCUCCUUCACAGCCUGCAUGGCGUCCUCAGUCACCACCAUCAACCGCUAUACCAAAACCAUCCUGGAGUUCAAGCACAAGCGCAGGAACAUUGAGAAGAACCUGAAGAUCAAGCAGAAGCUGUUGGAGCUGGACUCUCCGGAGCAGGUAUGGGACAUGUACAUCAGCUCGGUGCCAAGCACUGCAGAGGAGCUGCUAAAUCUGUCAUCAAAUGGUCGCAAACUGUCCAACACCUCCAUCUUCCUGGACAUCAACGACCUGCCCGACCCACAGUUAGAGGACUACUGCUAA